CUCCGUCUCUAUUAUAAUAAGAGCCCUCAUAUUCAUUUGACCGGUAAAAAUGGAAAAAUUUAAUAAAGCUCAGGCCAAAAAUUUGGCAGCCGCGCAAAAAGUGAUGGAUACGUACGCUUCCAGCUCUGAGGAUGAGGGAGAACUGGAUGAAAAGCAUAUAUUGGAUUUGCUAUAUAAACAUUACCAAAGCGCACCAGGCGGUGCACGCAGCGUUGAACGCAACGAUGCAAAUCGUACGGCAACAUUCUUGGAAAACACCUUGCACUCGGGUGCCGCUACCUGUCUCAUCUGCAUUGGCAGCAUUCGACGCGUGGAGUCGAUUUGGUCCUGCAAGAACUGUUACUGCUUCUUCCACUUGCAGUGCAUUCAGCGUUGGGCCAAUGACAGUCUGAUGCAAAUGAAGGUGAAAGCCGAACAGCAGCAGAAUGGAAGCCAAGGACACUACAAUCAUAUGGGCGAAUUUGUGCCGCCCAAGCGCCAGAAAGCCGUGCACUGGUGUUGUCCACAAUGCCGACGUGAUUACCAACCUAGCGAUCGGCCAACACAAUACGAAUGCUUCUGCGGCAAAGAGCCAAAUCCGCAGCCACAACCGUUUCUAGUGCCGCAUUCAUGCGGUGAAAUCUGUGGAAAAUUGCUGCAACCGAAAUGUGGUCAUGAUUGCAAACUGCUCUGUCAUCCCGGACCAUGUCCGCCCUGCGCUCAACUAGCGAACUGCUCCUGUCUGUGUGGCAAAUCCGCUCCACGCUCAGUGCGCUGCCUCGACAAAAGUUGGCAGUGCCAGCAAACCUGUCAAGCGCUUUUAGCAUGUGGCAAGCACAAGUGCAACCAGAAGUGUCAUCGACCUGGUCAGUGUCCGCCGUGCACGAGCAAGAGCUCCCAGCCAUGUGAUUGCAAGCAGGAAACGAAGGUUGUCAACUGCUCCGAGCCCAAAUGGAAGUGCAACAGAAUUUGUGGCGCUUCGUUCGCCUGCGGUGUUCACAACUGCGACAAGGUGUGCCAUGCUGGACCUUGUGGAGGCGGCGAAUGUCCUUUAAGCGUGCGCAGCUGCCCGUGUGGCAAGACCAUCAAAGCGGGCAUUUGCGGUGAGGCGGCGGAAACUUGUGGUGAUACCUGCCAGAAACUUUUGUCCUGCGGCAAGCACACUUGUGCGCAACGCUGUCAUCGUGGCCCCUGCAAUUUGUGUCUGGUGAGAACGAAGAAGAAGUGUCGCUGCGGCUUGCAUGAGAAGGAGUUGCCCUGCUCCAAGGAGUUCACCUGCGAAACGAAGUGCAAACAGAUGCGUGAUUGUGGCAAGCAUGGUUGCAAUCGCAAGUGCUGCGGUGAUCAGUGUCCGCCGUGCGAAAAGAUUUGCGGCAAACAAUUGAGUUGCAACAAGCACAAGUGUCAGUCCGUCUGCCACAAUGGACCGUGUUAUCCCUGCAAAAUGGAAUCGCAGGUUAACUGUCGCUGCGGCAAGACGCGACGCAAUGUGCCGUGUGGUCGGGAAAAGAAUGCACGCAUUGCCUGCCCCGAGCUGUGUCGCAUCACAGCGAAAUGUCAUCAUGCCAUCAAGCAUCGUUGCCAUAAAGGUGAAUGCCCGCCCUGCACCCAGCCAUGUGGAUUGCCCAAUGACUCGAGCGGAUGUGGACACAUUUGUCAGGCGCGUUGUCAUGCCGCCAACCGGGUGUUGAAGCCAACGGAGGCACGUGAAACACGUGGCAAUAAGUAUGAAUAUCGGGCAUUGCCCCAUCCACGUUGUGAGCAAGGAGUUGUUGUCACCUGCAUUGGUGGCCAUGAGGUUGCCACUUGGCCGUGUUGGAACUCAAAGCCCACAUCAUGUCAGCGCAAAUGUGCACGACAAUUGAAGUGUGGCAAUCACAGUUGCGACCUCGUCUGUCAUGCCGUGCCAAAUCCCCAGGAUAUGCAACAGCAGCUUGGCUGUGGCAAUUGCGAGCAAGGAUGUGACAUUGCUCGACCAGCAGGUUGUGUACAUGCUUGUACCAGAGGCUGUCAUCCGGCGCCAUGUGCACCAUGUGCUUCGGUCAUCAAGCAAAAAUGCCACUGUGCUCUCAAUCAGAUUGUGUACAAGUGCAGCGAGUAUUACAGUGAAUUCAACACUGAGGAAAGCAUAGUGUCGGAGCUUCGCGAGAAACUGCGCAGCUGUGGCAAUCGCUGCAUCAAGAACUUUGGCUGUGGGCAUCGCUGUAUGGCCAUAUGUCACUCGGGCAAGUGUCCCAAUCCGCAGCUAUGUCGGAAAAAGGUGCGCAUAUACUGCAGCUGUAAGCGUAUUAAAUUGGAGGUUGCCUGUGACAAGCAUCGAGCUGGUCAAACACACUUGGAGUGCGAUGAGAAUUGUCAGGCCGAACGAUCAAAGGCCCAGGCGACGGAGCAACAGGAGCUGGAACUGCGAUUGCGUCAGGAGGAGGCAAAGAAUAAAUUGGAGUUGGAAAAAUUCGAACAAAAGUUCGGUAAACGCAAACCUAAGGAACGCAAAGCUGUGGAUGUUGAGCCUACCAAAUUGAAUAUAGACUGGAAACGUGUGGCCAUCUAUGCGGCUUCAGUGCUGGUCGUGGUGGGCGCUAUGGCCGUAGCAUUCUAUGCGGAUAGUUAGGAAACUCUCCAAUGAAAGUAAUGAAUACCAAUGAAUUAAAAUUAUAAUA